GCGAACUUGCCACUAGCUUACUUUCAUUUCUUGAAGAGUAGUGGUUGCAGCGAGACCGUCGUCUCAUCCCUCGGUCGACCCCAUCGCCUUUUGCCAAUUGAAUAGUCUUCAACCUGUGCUUAUCUCGAAGCUUUUGUGAAAAGUAGGCAAUUAAACGAUUUGCAUUAGCAAAUAAAACUAUAUAUUUUUUCUUGCGGUAUUGUAUGGCAGUUGUUUGGCGCAUUAAGAUAGGGCUAUAAUCGGUAUGAAAUAAACAAUUUACUGAAUCCGAUUAGAUCACAAUGACAAUUUUAGUGGAAACAGCCCACCAAAGUUUUAUCACUUUGUGUGUAACAGUGAUAGUUUUCUGCAGUGUUUUAUUGACGGAAUCACGAACUCAUCACAAGGUUCAUAAUUUGGCCUUAUAUCCCGAGCGUCAUUCUUGGUGUCAGGCAAGGGAGAUUCGCCAAGAGAUUGCUCACCCACCAGAAUGUGCGCCCACAGUGAUUGACAACAUGGUAUGUCUGGGAGCUUGUUUCAGCUACAGCGUCCCCAGAGCUCAAGACUACCAACCCAUCGACCCUUACUGCGACAAGUGCGACAAAACGAUUUCUUCGUGGACUGUCGUAACUCUGAACUGUAGUCGCGAGUCCAAUGGGGAACAUUACACCUUGACACGAAAUGUGGAACUAAUUACAAAUUGUAGUUGUGUGGACUGUAACGACAACGGAAGGAGAUCGGAUUCCGGAGAAGACAGUGAUGAUUCUCACGAGGAGGACGUACCGGAUGCAUUGGAGGGGAACGACUUGACCAAUCACCAUAAGGGCGUCAUCCACACCCUGAAAAGCGUGUCCACUGAACUGCACGAGUACAACACGAAGCACGACCAGGACACCAUGAUCAACGACAACAAGAUUCCGUCCGACGAUGACGACGACCAUGAAGCCAUUGCUCGGCGUGAGCGACAAAGAGCCUCCAUCACUGUCGCCAAUGCGGGUGACGACGACGACUUGUAAUUCAUUUGUAGAAAAUUAUCAAAGGGAGAACGAGAUAAAUAUAUACAUUAAUAAAUUCUAAAACACGACGUAAAUGUUUAUAUUCUAUCCAAGUGACAAUAAAAAUUAUAAAUAUUUUUAGAUUUGGUUCAAAUAUUGUA